AUGGAAUUCCCUACAUCUUAUUUCAAACUUAUUGAAGCUUGUAUCACCACGCCAAUGCUCAGUGUGUCCUUUAAUGGUGGUCUUUGUGGCUACUUCUCUGCUAGCAAAGGCCUAAGACAUGGGGACCCUCUCUCCCCAUAUUUAUUCACAGUGGCAAUGGAGUACUUCUCGUGUCUAAUUCACUGGGCAGCAAUUGAUAAUCAAGUCCCAUAUCACUCACGUUGUAAAGAACUACGGAUCACUCAUUUAUGCUUUGCAGAUGAUCUUCUAGUGUUUACAAAUGGGUCGAUAAGGGGAGUGGCGGGCAUUAACAGAGUGCUUACUCAGUUCUACAAGGAUUCUGGUCUUCGUUGCAACCCUUCAAAAUGUGAGCUGUUCUGCUGUGGAACCCCUGAUGAAGAGCAACAAUGGAUCUCAGCCUACACUGGAUUUCCACUUGGUAGUCUGCCAGUCCGCUAUCUUGGUGUACCUCUCAUAUCAGGUAAACUCACCUCUGCUGACUGCUCAGUACUUGUAGAUAAGAUAACAGCGAGAAUUAGAACAUGGCAAGCGAAGAAACUCAGUUAUGCAGGUAGAUUACAGCUAGUUUCGUCUGUCAUUACUAGUAUUAUGCAAUAUUGGAUGGCAUUAUUCCUGCUGCCCCAAAAGCUUUUAAAAGAGAUAGAGAAUAUAUGCAAUCAGUUUUUGUGGGGUGUGGGGAAUCGAAGUUUGAGGAAGAAGGCAUUGGUAGCCUGGAAGUAUGUUGCCUGGCCCAGAAAUGAGGGAGGAUUGGGGAUAAGAGACUUUAAAAAAUGGAACCAAGCAUGUGUAAUUCGCCAUGUCUGGAAUCUGUUGGCUGAAUCUGGAUCUUUAUGGGUUAGGCCAGGUCCAUAUGGGAUAUCACAGGGCAGUCAGCAGGGACUUGGAUAUGGAGGAAGAUUCUGA